ACUCCAUCACCACACAAGCACCAUCAUGGCCAGCGUCCUCCGCCGCUCCAGCCGGCCCGUGCUCGCGGCGAGCGCCAGUGUCUGGCGCAGCACUCGUCUCUCGCGCGCCGGCCUGCGCACCUCCGCCGCCGCGGCCGGGGCACAUCGCAGCACCGGCCUCAUCUACCACGAGCACGGCGCGCCCGGCGCUGUGCUGCGCUCGCACUCCUGGCAACUGCCGGCGGUGCAGAAGGAUGAGGCCGUGGUGCGUAUGGUGCUCAGCUCCGUCAAUCCGGCAGACAUCAAUGUGCUGGAAGGCGUCUACCCCUCCGUGCCCAAGCCGCGAGAGCUGCCGGGCAUCGACUCGCCCGUGCGUGUCGGCGGCAAUGAGGGCGUCGGCGAGAUCGUCGAGCUUGGCAGCGGAGACGCCGCGGGAUUGAAAGUCGGCGACUGGGUCACUUUCGGGCGUCCGCAGAUGGGCACGUGGUGCUCGCGCAUGGUGGCACCCACGGCAGACCUCAUUCCCGUGCCGGCGGAUGCGAGGGCGAAGCUGGACGAAGUGAUGGCCUCGACUCUGAUGAUCAACCCUGCCACGGCGCUCUGCAUGCUGCGCGACAUUGAGAAGCUCGAGAAGGGCGACGUGGUGGUGCAGAAUGCUGCCAACUCUGCGGUGGGCCAAGCAGUCGUGCAGAUUGCCGCGCGCAAGCUCGGCGUCGAGACGAUCAACUUCGUGCGGGACCGCUUUCGCAGCAAGGACCUCGACGCGCUGCGCGCCGACUUUGCACAGUGGGGCGAGGGCGGACCAGGCACGCACGUCUUUACGUACGAGGAGCUGGCCGAUCGCAACAGCGGGGCCAAGGAGGCCAUCAAGAAGCUUCUCAACGGCCGCAAGAUCAAGCUGGGCCUCAAUGCGCUGUGCGGCAAGGACACGCGCAACAUGGUCAAGCUGCUCGGACCCUCGGCAAGCGUGGUGACGUACGGCGCCAUGUCGCGCUCGCCGCUCGAGCUGCCCGCCAGCCUGCUCAUCUUCAACGACCUGCGCGCCGUCGGCUUCUGGAUGACGACGUGGUAUGCGCGCCACUCGCGCGCGGAGCGCAUGCGCCUCAUGGCCGAGCUGGCACACUGGUAUGCCGAGGGCGCACUGCGGCCGCCUGCCAGUCGCAUCGUGCGGCUGGGCGAGGAUCGGCCGCUCGAGGAGGCCGGCAAGGUCAUCGAUGAGACAAUGGCGGGGAGCCAGGGCGUCAAGACGUUCCUCAAGUUCCCGCAGUGAACUGUGCUUUGUCGUUCGUCGUCGUGAAAUACCAUUCAUUAGCUCUC